AUGUUAAACUUGAUAGAAUUGCAAAGAAGUUAUAUCCUAUCAUUUAUUGAUAAUAUUGAAACUGAACAUGGGAUUAAAUUUUUAGUGGUUGAUGAUACUGUUGAUGAACUGUUAAGUUGUUUGUUUGCUGAUCGUAGGGAGUUAUUGGGGCAUGUGACUGCUGUUGAUAAAAUUGAUUCAAAGACUCGAAAGGGGCAGCCGUCAAUGGAGGUAAUAUAUUUCUUAAGUCCUAAUAAGUUUAACAUUAAUUGUAUUGAUGCAGAUUUUAGUAAUAUGCCUCCGAGGUAUAAGAGAAAUCAUAUUAGGUUUUUACCCGGUUUAGAUCAGCAAUUGGCUAAAUAUUUGAAUUCUAGGCAACACAUUACUCAUAAUAUGGCUUCAUUAGCGGAAAUUAAAUGUGGGUUUUACCCAAAGGGAUUAUGGUAUUUUGAGACUAUUGGUAUUGAUCAGCCUUUGCAAAUAUUUUUUAACAAUCAAUGUGUGGAUUUAAUAGAAAGAAAUAUCCAAAAAAUUGUUCAAAGUUUACUGAAUAUCUGUAUUAUAACGGGUGAAUAUCCAAUUAUUAGGUACUCAGAGCCAAGUCAGGAAGUUUCUUCAUUAUGUAGACCAACGGUUCUAGUUAAGAAACUAGCCUUUGAAUUUCAACAUGCCCUUGAUAAUUACGCACGUCAAAAUGAAGACUUCCCUCCUCCAAAUAUGAGACCAAGAUCGAUUUUCAUAAUAACAGAUCGAACUCUGGAUAUUUUCAGUGCAUUAGUCCAUGAUUUUACGUAUCAAUCUUUGGCUUAUGAUUUGGUUAGUGACGUGAAUUUAGUCACUAACGUUUAUAAGUAUGAGGCUCAAAAUGAAAAGGGGGAAAAAGAGGAAAAGACAUCUAAAUUAUCAGACCUAUUAGAUCCGGAUUGGGUUGAAUUAAAGUACCAACAUAUUGCAGAUGCAGGUGAAGCUUUGACAGCAAAAAUAAACGAAAUAAUCUCUAAAAAUCCUUUACUCGUGGAUAGAAGUAAAGUGAAAACUACGACGGACUUAUUAAGUGUUGUCGCACAUUUAAAAGACUUUGAUGAAGAAAGAAGAAGGGUUACCUUACACAAAACUCUCAUUGAUAAAUGUUUACAGAUUUCAAAGGACCGUAAUCUAGUUGAAUCAUCAGAAUUGGAGCAAACUUUGUGCAGUUUUGGUCUCGAUAUUGAUGGUAAUCGGGUUAAACAACUGGCAGAUCGGCUACUGGAGGUUUUAGCGAAUGAGAACGCUUCUAUAACUGACAAAGUCCGUUACAUCAUUGAAUAUGCUCUGUUUAGGGGUGGUCUUAUCGAGCCGGAUUUUGUCAAAUUAUUAUCUUUUAUCGGUGUUGGCGCGAAUCACAAUUAUUUCAAGCAUUUUAUGCAACUGUUCAGAAACUUCAACUAUAUAGGGUUUAAAUUGAUUAAGUCAAAUCCCAAAGAUGAUGGUUUUAAAAAAGACUGGAUGCAUAGCAGUAUCAUGAACGACCCAAAUAGCUACCAGACCUCCCGAUUUAUCCCUUCAAUUGGAAAUAUUUUAUCUAGUGUUAUCAAUAAUCCAUUAUUACUGAGUGAAGAGUUAUUUCCAUAUGUCAAAGACAAACCAAUCGAAUUACUUGAUCCAGAUUUGAAGGUUACUUUGGAGUCAAACAAUUCCUCAACCUCACUGAGAAAUCCUAGACACAAGGCUGCAUGGGCAAAGACAAAUAACCAAACAAAAGCUCCAAAACAGAGGAUUUUUUAUUUUAUCCUUGGGGGUAUAACGCAUGUUGAAUUAAAGGCGGCAUAUUCACAAGCUGAGUCAAAAAAUAGGGACAUAUUUAUUGGUAGUGAUUCCACGAUCACCUCACUACAGUUUAUGCAAUCUAUGGAAAAAUUGUCCGAAAACAGGGCUCAUCUAAGGUUAAAAGAUGAUUUGCGUCUUCAGUCAGAAGCACCAGAUUAUUUAUUUGAUAGAAGUAGCAGAUCAAUUGGAGUAGAUCAGCCGACACCUGUUGUUACUCAACGCAAUAAUAACAUGCAUAUUAAGGCCCCCGUACUUCAAACGCAACUUGAUGAAUCUACAGAUAAGGACAAAGACAAAGACAAAAAACGCCACAAGUUUACCAAGUUUCUACGAAAGUAA